AUUAAAAAUUACACGGCAACCGAUUACUGCAUGAUGACUGAAUCUGAUUGUGUAAACAGGAAUAACAAUACUAUGUAUGGCAAUGGUCCACGUCAUUUGUGACCUACCACCAGGGACAAGGCGCAAUACAUACUUACCACCAGAGCCAACGAAGGGCUACAAUUAUGACACACCUUCAAUACCUUUUCCUAGGCCUACAACUACUAGACAACCCUUCACCUCAACAACACCAUAUCCUUCACGUUUUCCUAGCCAUAAACCAACCACAAAGUUCCCAACUAGACCUACUCCCAAUGAAGGAUAUCCACCUCCAGGUCCAAGGCCAACUCCAGAGUUUCCUGACUAUGGAUCAUCGACUAGGCCCACAGAAAAUACCAUAACACCUGGUGGACAUGAUCACCACCACCAUGAACCGGGAAUGCCGUUCGACUUCAAUUACGCCGUGAAGGAAGACGCGUUCGGUAACGACUACUCCCACAACGCCAUAAGCGAUGGCGACAUCGUCCGCGGGGAGUACAGAGUCCAGCUUCCGGAUGGAAGGCUACAAAUCGUUCGUUAUACAGCUGACUGGAAGCAUGGUUUCAGCGCACAAGUCUCCUACGAUGGGAAUCCACGUUUCGACGUUUCUCGACCGUCCAGUAACUUCGCAGGCUAUUAAACGUAGUGUCGAGUCUAGGGUUG